UGCGUGGUCACGUGAUUAUAAGCGCGCGCUGAGCACGCUGUUUUUCGCCGGCCAUAUUGUCGUGAAUAGCCGAUAAAUUGCAUCGAGAAAGGAUAGAGGAUUUGCUUAGUAUACGAAUAUCAUCAUGGAAUCCAGGUCAAAAAAAGUAACGAAGACAACUCAUCAUAAGUCAAGAUCAGGUGGAGAGUCCAUGUCGAGUAGUUCAACUUCAAUUGGAAGUACACCACGAAGCCGAGAACGUCCUCCUUCGCCGGUUCGGAUAACGCGACAUGAAGAACAACAAGAGUUGCAAGGGUUGAAUGAUCGUCUGGCUGCCUAUAUUGACCGUGUCAGAUACCUAGAAAAUGAAAAUAACCGUUUAAAUGUUCAGGUGCGAACAUCUGAAGAAGUUGUAAGAAGGGAGGUCUCAAAGGUGAAAAGUUUAUUUGAAUCGGAAUUGAAUGAUGCUCGUCGGUUGUUGGAUGAAACGGCGAAAGAGAAGGCUCGUUUGCAACUUGAAGUAAAUAAAUAUAAAUCGGAUUACGACGAUAUUUCUGGAAAAUUUGCAAGGAAAGAAAGAGAUUGGAAAGCAGCUGAAAAGAAAUUAUUAGAAAUUGAAUCUACAUUAACUGAAUUAAGAGGAAGGACAGCUGAUGCUGAAUCACAGAGAAAACAUUUUGAAAAAGAAAAUGAUAAACUACGAAGCGAAAUUGCUGCUUUAGAACGUCAACUAGCAGCUUGUAAAAAACAGUUAGAGGAAGAAACCUUACGACGUGUUGAUCUUGAAAACAGAGUUCAAAGUCUUAAAGAAGAACUUGCUUUCAAAUCACAAGUAUAUGAAUCGGAAUUGGAAGAAAGUAGAGUGCGAACAACAACAGAAAUCUCACAAAUUGAUGGUGCUUUCCAGGAUGAAUACGAGGCUAGAUUGGCUGAUGCGCUUCAUGAGCUACGAGAACAGCAUGAAACUGAUCUUCUUUCAGUCAAAUCUGAACUGGAAGUACUAUAUCAAACCAAAGUUGGAGAUUUACAGGAUCAAGUUGAUAGAAGUGGAUCUGCUGCUGGUUCAGCCUGGGAAGAAAUGAGAGUGACAAGAUCUAAACUAGAUGAAAUAUCCUCAGAAUUAGCUAGACUUAGAUCAGAGAAUGCUGGUUAUGAAUCUAGAAUUCGGGAAUUGGAAGGUCAGCUGAGUAGAGAUCGAGAUAUGUAUAUGGGACGUCUGCAUACAAAAGAUAUUGAGUUAUCACAUCUGAGAGAAGAACUUGAUACUCAGUUAAAAGAGUAUGCUGAAUUAUUAGAAAUCAAAAUUAAAUUGGAUCGGGAAAUCAUGGCAUAUAGAAAAUUACUGGAAGGUGAAGAAGAGAGGUUGAACAUGUCUCAGGAAUUUUCAUCACCAAGACGAUCAGGUUCUAGUAGCCUUAUUAUUAAAAGCACUGGUAAAGGUUCCAAAAGAAAGAGAGUUGAAACUGAAGAACGAACAGAGGAAUUCUCAAGUCACAGUUCUAUGACUGAACAGGGAAAGAUUGGCAUUGAAGCCGAUGAAGAUGGAAAAUUUGUUAAAAUUACUAAUCUUACUGACGAAGAAAUUCAUGUUGGAAAUUGGAAAUUAGAACAUAAAGCAGGUGAUGCUGAUGUCACAUACAAGUUUCACCGUAAUCUUAUCUUAAAAGGCAAUUCAACAAUGACGGUGUGGAGUUCUGAUCAAGAAGUCACUCAUGAUCCUCCCUCAGAUCUUGUCAUGAAAAACAAACAAUGGGGAUCUGCUAAAGACAGUGAAACAUCAUUAAUUAGUAAUGAUGGAAAGCUUGAAGGUAAAUUAAUCCGUCACAAUUCAAUGGUAAAGAGUAUGUCUUCAUUCCGAUCCAGUAUAAGACGACCUGAUGAAGUCGAUGGUGUUGAGGUCCAAGAUAAAGAAAAAUGUGCUAUUAUGUAAAUUGUUAACAUAUUGUACUUCUCUUCAUCAUAUGAAGCAGCUGUAAAAUGGUAUAGGAGUGAUCCAUAGAAAGACAUCUGAAUUACAAAUAGAAAAAGUAAACCUGUAGCUAUAUUUUAGAUUAGGACAUUCUUUAGGCUUUCUUUGCAGUCCAUAAUACUUUGUGAUACUUGUACACUGUCUAUAUGUAUAUUUAUUUCGUUUUCUUUUGUAAUUAUUUUAACCUUAGUGCAGAAAAUGUAUAUAUAUAUAUAUAUUUAGAGUUAAGAUCAUGUACUGCCAAUCUAAUGAGUCACUACUAACCAGAAAACUUGUACAAAUUUUAUAUCGAUAUCUUAUUUUCUAUGUACAAUGGAAAGAGAUAGUGACAUUAAGUUAGCGAUUUUAUUUUGGUAUUCAUCCAAAACAACGAUGAUUAAUAUUUUACAAAUUAAGUUUUGCUGCAAUUGAACAAUUGUGGGUCAUUCUUUAUUCUCUUUUAUGAAUCUCAAUGAAUUGUAUUUUUAUAUGCCCACAUUGGUUGUAUAUUGUUGUCGCCCCUGUCCAACUGAUGUCAAUUUAUAGAAACUCAUGAAAGCUCUGGGAACAAGGUGUCAUCCAGUUGCUUGAAAUUGAUAUGCAUUGUUCAAAUUAGGGAAACAUAACGGCCUUUCAGAUUUCAAGAAUUUCUGUUAUUUUUUUGAUGUGGCCCUUGCUCACUUUGGAAUUUAGUUGAUGCUUUCAACAACAGAAGUUAUCUUAUCAGCUUUAAAUUUAUCUCCUAUGUUUGGAUUAUUGCGCUGAAUAACAGUUACAACUAAUUAGUUAUUGCCCUUGAUUAAAUGAAUGAUAUAAAACAGCAUAAAGAUUUUCUUUUCAUAUGAUAGAAAUAAUUCACUAUGCGACAACCUUUAGGGACUGCUCUGGCAACUUACCCAUAGCUGCUGUGUGCACAUGUUUCAUUGUCAGGCAACAUACAUAAUGUACAUACAUUUCCUAGAAAAACAUCUUUGUGCUAAUUAUGAGAUAAUAGGGAUUAUGUCAAAGAUAUGAAUUUCGUUAUUUUUAAAUUGAUUUGUCAGUCACAAAGUUAAGAUAAAAGUUAUUGGAUGUAAUGUCCAGUGAGCACAGUACACAAUAAAAUAAGAAUAUUGACUUAUUGUACAAAUUAUUAGGUAAUAGUAGAAUUACAACCUUUAUAUCUCUUAUUUGCUUUUAAUCCAAAAUAACUUGCCAACUGAUAUCUUCCUUUUUAUUGACUGUUUUUUUUUUAUGUUAAAGGACAGGUCAAUGAAGUGAGAAUUGAGUUAACGAAUAUUGCUAAGAAUUUACAGCAUUUUUUGAAUGGAAAGACCACUUUGUGCUGUCUUUAUUGAGGUUUUGUUUCACCUAUAAUUUAUCAAAAAUUUAUUUAAAUUCUUGGUGAAAUUGAAAAGUUCAUAUAGUAAAAUGCAAAUUUAUGGAUCUGUUGAUUCAGUGCCAUAACGAUUGAUUUAAUAUAUACAGUGUAAAUAAAACUAUAAUCUGAUUUCAUAAUUUCAUUGUUGCAUAUCAAAUAACAUAAGCAUACACUGUGUGUGCAUAUUGGUUCAUUGAAUUAUCAUAAUAAUAAAGCUGUACCAUGUAACAGGGCCACAAAAGAUCUAGAAACAUAUUCCGCAUUCAUUUACAUUGUUAUAUUUUCUUGUGUUAUAGAAAACGUUCUAUAUUUCUUUCAUAAUUAUUUUUAAAAAAAUAUUUAUACUUGUUAAAUGUAAAAGGAUAUUCAUUCAUACAUUCAUUUAUGUUUCUUUUGUAUAUCAUUUUAAACAUGUUCUAGAAUUACUUAUGUAUAUGAUAUUAUGAUAAAAAAAAAAGUACUACAGUGGAUUCGGUCAAUUCCGACAUCGUACAGGAUCGAUACAAAAUGGCCGCUUAGGCAGCAUGUCGGAAUACUGAAUUAUGCCGGAAGUACUAGAUGUAGAGUACCAGAAUCUGUAGAGGUUUGCCGAGUGUGUAUUUGACGUGAGAAACUCAAAUCAAUUCCAAAACGCUCUCUUUAUCAAAUUAUAGAGGUAAUCAACAAAGACCGGCACAUGUUUUAUGCUCACAGAUAAUUGAUUGGUGAUUGCUUGUCGGUUAACACCCACUGAUUGAAGGCCGGAUUAUCCAAUGUUAAUUCAACGCAAAUCGUGUGACAGGAACAAUGAUUGAAGGCCGGAUUAUCCAAUGUUAAUUCAAUGCAAAUAGUGGGACAGGACAGCUGAUUGCUGUCGCAAUUCGGAAUAUUCAGAAUCUGGACUACCCAAAACUCUUUUAUUUGAAGUAAUAAGGAAAUCGGGACAUGAAAAUGAUGAUGGAUUUCACAGCAUGCCGUAGUAUUCAGAUGUCGGAAGUGACAGAGUCCACUGUAUAUAGAAAUUAGUAAAAAAUAUUUAGGAAAUAGAUUUAGUGAAGUCAUUUAAAAUAGGUCUACCCGGUCUUGUGUACUAUUAGAAUAUGUAUAACUUUUAUAUACCUUAAUUCUAUAACCAUUGAUAUCUCAUUUUAUUCUGUAUUGUGUAAAGAGAAGUUGCUAAAGAGUACUACUCGAGAGGUUUUUUUUUAAUUUGCUUUUAUAAUCAAUUUAUACAUAUAUUUGCAUUAUACUUGUUUUAGCUUGCACAAGGAAAACUCUUUUUGUAUAGCAUAAUUGCUCAGGUUCAGUGUAGCCUUGUAAUAAAAGUCCAGUUAUUAGUAAGGACGUGGAACAAUGUAACAUGCACAAAGUUUUGGUAUACACUUGACCAAUCCACCUUCAACAUCUAGUAAAGCCUUUUCCUUUCCAUAACUUUCAAUUUAACCUUUAACCUAGGACAUUACCUAUUGAAGGAGAUUACAAAGCUAUUAGUAAACUUAACGAUAUAGGAAAUUACUUGGUUAUGUGUAGAAGAAAAUGAACUAGUUUAUGUAGAGAAUAGUAAUGUUUUAUUGAUAUGAUACUGGUAACAAAUGGUUGUGUGAUGUACUUAUACCAUCUAACAUCAACAACGGGUACAUAUUUAGAUAAUCAUAUUUUGAAAUCAUGUUGAUUUUUUUUUAUCAGAUCACUUUACACCCUUGAAUAAAAUCUUGAACAGAA